GGAAUAGCCAGGUCAAAGAUCACCCAGCUGGUGAGUGCCCACACGUACACACGUUGUUGUUUUUUCCCCGGCCCUCUUCUCAGUAGACGUAGUUUUGUUUUUCUCAAACUAGGCGUUAUCUAAUCAUCACAGGUGAUGCAGCAUAGGUGAAAGACGAGUCUAUACUGUGUGCAGUCAUUUCAACACAUUAUUUUUGUCCAGACAGUGUUUGUUUCUUCACUAGUAUCAUGGAUCGGAGCUUCGACACUGUGGUCCUGGUUGGAACUCUUCUCGUGGUCUUCUCGGUCUCCAGUUUGCCGGUCCUUGGUUCGAUCCCCAAAGGUCUGGGAACCCCCGAUAACUUUACCCAAGCUUUGUUGGAUAGAUACGGGUCUGGGGACAGGUUGACCGUGCAAGACCUGCAAGUUUUGCUCUGGAACGCGUCACGAUGCCCCGGGGUGCAGCAGUGCGGUCGACGGGACGAGGCGACAGGCGCGCCGGCGGAGGAGACGGGUCGGACCGAGGAGGACAUCUGCAGAACCACGUGUAUAACAGCAAGAGAGGUACUACAAGUUCACAACAUGUCGGGAGACUCGGAGCUGAACUCUACUGGACUCCGGGAGGUUUGUCCAACUCUCUUGUACAGUGUGGACCGUACCAUCGGCUGCCAGAGUCAGGGGGAGGACAGCAUAGAGUCAACAGAAGAGGAGCAUGAUGGAUCUAGACGUCCCAGCCCAGCUGAAGUGUGGGGAUUUGGUGUUUUGUCGGUUGCCAUUAUCAGCCUGUGCUCUGUGAUGGGGGUUCUCGUCGUGCCCUUCAUGAAGAAGAGACUGUACACUCUACUGCUCACCUUCCUCAUUGCGCUGGCUGUCGGGGCGCUGUCAGGGAGCGCGCUGUUCCACCUCAUACCUCAGGCCUUUGACCUUCCCCUUGAGGACUACACAGAAAAGGCGGCUGCAGUGUGGGCAGGCAUCUAUCUGUUCUUCAUCACAGAGAGGCUGCUGAAGAUGGCAUCCAAACAACGACAAAAGAGAAAGGCCAGUAAGUAUGCCAAGCAGAACGGGAAGGCGGACUUCAGAGCCGAUGCGGCUGUGUGUGCAGUCAGGGCACGCUCACUGUCUCACGUGGAUCCGCCCUUAACAGAGCCACCGCGUCACCACAGUCACAGCCACGGGCACGUCUUUCACAACCCAGACACAGAAGACAGCAGUACAGAGGACAGUCACAGUCAAAAGAAGAGAAACUGUUGCCAGGCGUUGUGUUCUAACACGGACACCAUAGCCACCGUGGCCUGGAUGGUGAUAUUUGGGGACGGGCUGCACAACCUGAUGGACGGUCUGGCCAUCGGCGCAUCGUUCCAAGUGUCGGUCUUCAGUGGAAUCAGCACCUCACUGGCCGUGCUCUGCGAGGAGUUUCCACAUGAGCUUGGAGAUUUUGCGAUCCUGCUGAACGCGGGCAUGUCGGUGAGACAGGCCAUGUUCUACAACUUCCUGUCAGCCUGCUCAUGUUUCGCUGGGCUCAUCAUCGGCAUCGUGGUGGGGGACAACAGCGAAGUGGGCCAGUGGAUCUUCGGCCUCGCUGGGGGCAUGUUUCUCUACAUCUCACUAGUGGACAUGAUGCCAGAAAUGAAUGCAGUAGAUGAGGAUGAGGAGAAAAAUCUUCAGGACAGUGAAGGGAAGUCCUCAUCUCUGCUGCGGUUCUUCCUCCAGAACUUGGGUCUGUUGACGGGCUUCGCAGUCAUGCUGGUCUUGGCCAAGUUUCCCUUCGAGAUCUAGCUUUAUCUGGUAGUAUUAGACAGCUUCGAUUUAAUUUCAAAUUUGGCUGUUUUUAAAAAGAUAGACUGGAAAAAGGACACGGAAACAGGGCUAAAGGGUAAUCUCGAAGCAGAUCCUACGGUAGCACAAGAUGCAUAGUAUCAAAAGCUGCCAGAGGAGUGAGGCUGGUCAUGGAAUGUGUGGCUCCUAGUGGCUGAUGACUCCCUUUGGCCAGCUGUACUCUUUAGCCAGCUUUGAUACUAUCUUAUGUCACUGGUAAAUCUGCCUGGAGAUUAAAGGGUACGCUGUAGUCAGAUUCAAGUUCUCCUCCCUGCCCUCUGUCCUCUCAGUGCUAAAUUUUCAAUACAACCAACUUACAACUAAAUUUGAGUGGCUUAGUAUGGCUUAAUAUUGAGUGGCUAAACAAUCAAAUAAGCAAUCAUGCCUUUGAGAUUGGGGAUGGGCACCGGUACCGCAUACCAGUACAAAACCAUUUUUUUCUUGUUGGACCAGUCCCCCCCCCCCCAAAAAAAAUGAAAAAUAUCAGUGGACUGAUUAGAUUGUGAACAGAUUAUAUUGGCAGGUGCUCACACAUUUUGGGUUUACCGGUCAAAGAAAUUAGUAGAGUUAAUAGGCAUAUCUAGUUUCUACAGUCAAACUUACAAGGGCAGUUAGUGUUGCUUUAGUAAUACAUGAACAUAGGAUUUUAAAGUCCAGUGGGAGUUGGAUACCCCACCAAACAGAUUCCUUUGUAGCAAAACGGACAAUUAUUUUGAAUAUCGCCCAUUUACAGACAAUCAGGUCCAGGUACAGGUCCAGACCUGGAUCUGAUGCUCUGGAUCUAAAACGGACCUGUGCCUUAAUUUUCUGUACCGGUACCCACUCCUAUCUGAGAUCAAUUAUCUGAAGAAAAAAAGUAUUACAGAUAUAUUUUAGAUAAAGCGACAAUAAAUUUUUAGUCUCACAAAAGUAAACCAGUUUUUAUAUAUAUGUAUGGAUAACCAGGGCAGCUUCAGCAUACAGACACUGCUGUAUGUGCAAUGAGCAAUGUACUUUUCUUAAUUUGUCAUGUUUUUUUUUACAUGUUCAUAUUUUUAUCAACUGUUUUACAAUAUUGACAAAAUGUUGCAGUGAGAAGUCUAGAAUAUGCUUUUAAUCAUAUUUACAUUAUACAUUUAUGUGUAGAAAUAUAAACAUAGGACUCACACAAGUUUUUCGAAUGAGCUUCCAGCCGCGUAGGGCAUCUCUGCUGAUGUGAACUUUCUUCACUCUUGUCAAAAAUGACGAUGAUAUGUUGCCACAAUUUUUUUAUGAUAAAGGUACAAUAUUAUGAAUAUGUGGUCUAUUUUUCUACAUUUCUCCCCACAAGGGGUUGCACUGUAUCAGUGUGUGACAAACAAUUAGAUCUAUGUACUACAUUGUACAUGUAAUGAUGUUGCAAUAUGAGAGGGAAUAAACUUGGCAAUGGCACUAUUGCAGUACA